AUGAUGGAUGGUAUGUUGUCCCAGAGGGUCACUCCUUUACUUAAGUGUGUAGUUCUGUUUAUGUUCAUCUUCACUGCUAAAGUCCUGACGUCGAGACCGCACGACUCACAAGACGGCACUAACAGCAUCCAUCAGCAGAAAUCUUCUCACUAUGUGAGAACUUUCACUAAGUAUCACCACAGAAGAACUAGUCAAUGGAACAAUCUGGAAGACCCAUACUGGAUAUUAGCACAGGACCAGCCCAAAGUUAUCGUGAAAAGGAGCGUGAAGCAAGUGGGAAACGAACUGUUGAAUACAUCGGACGAUAUAAACCAAGUAGCCUCUGUGUCCGGAGAUGAAGUUAUAGAUCAGAUGGACAAACCCGCGGUAACAAACGAUCAAAGAAACACUGAUUCAGGGAAGUAUAAAGUGAAAGCCGCCGUGAUUGUAACAGACGCUCCGACUACUCCUGGCCCCACCAUAUCCUGUUUGUACAAAAUACACAGCGUGGCGUUAAGUGUCACUCCGUCUUAUCAUGAUGGAAACGCUCAGUUUACUGUCGAAAACGAAAUAUUUGACAGAGGUGAAAUAACAGAGACAAGGUUACCAAGCGGAGAAGAUGUUCAAGUAGAGAAGUGCACGGACCCUAAAGCAUUCUGUUACACUCUGUGGCAUCAGGAUAAUGAUGCUAACAUCACCGUACUAGGACAGGGUUGUUGGCGUUCGUCCCAGGGCGGUCGUGCGUGUGAUAAGUGUACCCGCGUCACGGCUCGUCUGCCGCGGACCAGGUUCUGCUGUUGUACCAGGAGUCUGUGCAACGCUGACAUCACGACCUUGAAGGAGGAGUCAGUAACGAUCAAGGCUGAAUCGACAAUGAAGAGCACGCGCGGAGCUAACUACUCGAGUGUACUAGCGGCGGGGAUACUCGCGCUGGUGGCCGGCAUGUUGAUGACUGUAGUGUUCAGGAAGAUGUACUGCAGCAGGACAGGCCUGAGGAAGACGGACAUGAGCGACGGACGGGACCUGGAGAAAGGAGAGGUGAUGGGCUCCGGGCCGGACGGGCUCGCUACGGGCCUGCUGUGUGUGGACAACAUCACGCUCAUAGAACACAUCGGUCAGGGUAAGUUCGGGUCUGUGUGGCGCGGCGUGUUAGGCGCGAGGCCUGUAGCUGUGAAGUUAUACUGCAGCCCGGCCGCCUGGAGGAAGGAGGCCGCUAUAUACGCCAUGCCGCAUCUGGCGCACCCUAACAUUCUGCGAUAUUAUGGUAGUGACAGUCGCUCGUCGCUGGUAGAGGCGGGCGGUCGUUCCCAGCUGGUCGUGUUGGAGCUCUGCUCGGAGUCGUUACGUGACCGUCUCGUGCGCGCUCCUCUCGACUGGACGGAGUUCGCCACACUCGCACACGGACUAGCCAGCGCUUUGGCGCACUUACAUACCACCACAUCAUCCAAGCCGUGUAUCGUUCACCGCGACGUGAACAGCGGGAACGUGUUAGUGAGUGUUGACGGACGAGCUCGACUGGCAGACCUGGGGCUGGCGCAGGCGCUGCCAGUCACGCCUGAUAGAACCUGCCGACUUACCGAGGCCGGCACGCUCCGCUAUUUAUCUCCCGAAGCCCUAGAAGGAGCCCUAGACCUGUCCGGUGCGCGCGCCGCUCUGUGCGCUGUGGAUGUAUUCGCACUGGGUCUGGUGCUUUGGGAGAUGUUGUGGCGCUGUGAGGGCGCGCAGACUCACGUGCCGCCCUACGCGCCGCCCUACCACCACCACGGCCUGCCCGCCCGCCCUACGCUGGCGCAGAUGCAGGCCCUCGUGUCUCGCGGUAAGGCUCGUCCCCCCCUCCCCCCACCGUCGUCGUGCGGAGCCCGGGCGCUCCUCAGACCACUGAGACUGGCCUCCGCCACGUGCGACGAGUGUUGGGACCAUGACGCUGAGGCGAGGUUGACGGCGGUGUGUGUGGAGGAGCGUAUGUUGGAGCUGAAGAGUAUACUGAACUCACUCACCGACCUGGACCGACCGCCCGCCACACAACACGGGGAACACGGCUCCACCGACGCGUCUCUCACUGAUGCUGAUAAGAAGUGUAACGCUAACGUGGUCCCUACCGCUGACUCCACCCCGCUACUGUACCCCGACCCACACAUGGGACGGAACACGUGUAUAGAGAGGAACACUAACACACACACACAGACACAUACAGUGGAACUGAUACACAAGACACACAGAGACGAACACAGGAACGAACAGAACGGUGUGACGCUGGCCGGGACACACGCGCACAGAGACAACGUGGAGCGGAUGAACGAGAUACGAUCAUACCAGAGACCCUUGGAGUACGUGCAGAAUGACGUGACGUCACACGAAGGGGUGAGGGACGCGGGCAGGGAGAAGAGGUGGGGGCUGCGGAGACUGUUCGACAAGAAGAACAAGGACACGCGGGUACAACACACGGAGAACAACGGACGGAACGGGAAGGUGAAGACGUCGCUGGUGGAGAAGUUCACCAACCUGACCUUCGACCGACCCUCCAACCUGAUACUAGACGACGAGAGGUCGUUGACCUUCGAGCCCUGCACCCUCUCGCCUCCCAACAAGACGCUCAGCCCCACCAUGAUGAGGGAGUCGGAGAUGAACACGGACAAGGUGUUCAGGGAGCUGCCCGCGGGGGGCGGGGGGAGGGUGUUCGCGGUCAUCGUGCCCAAGGUGAUACACGAACCGGGCGGCAGGAGCGACCUCGAGCUGGACGGAGAGGACGAGCUGCGGUCGGACGGGUGCAGCGAGGACGAGCAGCUGCUGCUGGCGGAGAGUGGGGGGGGCAGGGUCAGCAUGAGGAGCGUGCUGCGGGAGGCCGCGCACACGCACGACCACAACAACACGCACAACAAGUACCGCGCGCUCCAAGACGAGCACAGCGACCACCACGACAAGGAGAACCACAGCACCACCAGCAGCAUCAAGAGGCAGCGCUCGCUGGAGCAGGUGCGGGACGUGUUCAGGUCGGGGGACGCCUCGCUGCUGAACCCCGCGGGCCGCGUCAAGACGCCGGGGGACCUGCCCGCCGCCGUGAGGAGGGCGCGCGCCCGGGAGAGGGCCGGCGAGCAGGCCCGGAACAGACUCAGCCUCUACGACGACCGCAUGAUGUUUGGAAACACGCUGUAG